AUGUAUAUACUUAUCUACAUCUCCACGAUAUGUAUCUGUCUACACCUCCACUGCCACCCCCCGGAUAAUCUCCGCUACCUCGCGAUCGACCAGCGGUCCCUGGUACUCCCGCCUCCCCCGGACGUAGUACCAGACCACGCUGAAGAUGAUCACCCCGCCCGUCACGACGACGCUGUAGUUCAUCGUCGACGCCGACACGGGUGUCUCGGGCGGCCACACGCUCCAGAAGAUGACGAACAGCAUGUACACGCAUGCGUAGGCGUUGUUGAUGAUGCCCACCACGCCUGGCAGGUGCCACGGCCCCCAGACGAGUUGGCUGGGCGCGAAAGCAACGCGACGCGGUCGUGGAGGGGUGGUGCUGUCGUCUUGCGCGGGCUCCUGCGGAGCGAGCUUCGGCUUUUCCGUCUGGUCGUCCGGGCCAGUCGACUGCGGAGAGUCCGUCUCGUCGCUGACCCUCUCGCCCUCGACGACCGAUCCGCACGGCAGGAUGUACGAGCCGUAGAACCCGGUGAUUGUCAGCGAGAUGACGUCGUUGAACGCCGUCGGCGAGCCGAUGUAGAUCAGCGUCAGCAGGCAGGCGAAGGUGACGACGACGCCAACGGCGAUGAUGGGCACUUGCGUCCGUCGGUCGACCUUUUUCACGAUGGAGGAAAACGGCGUGCCCAUGUCGCGUGCAAAGGCCCACGUCAUGCGCGACGACGAAGUGGUAAUGCCCGUGGCGCAGGCCCAUGUCAGGAUGAGCACGACAGCGCCCAUGACGGUGGCUCCGGGGAUGGAUUUGACGCUGUCUGCGGGGUAUUAGUACGACGACCACGCACCAUCAACAUCCAGUCAUACGAAGGGUUGAGGGGGCGUACUGUAAAAAAUCUGGAUAAAAGGAAAACCCGUCGACGAGUCCAGGACCGACUGCACAUCGCCCAGACAGAACAGCAGCGUCAGCAUCAUGACAAACCCCACCACGCCGUUCAUCAGCAUGCUGAAUGUGAUGACCCGGGGGAUGGUCACGGGCGCAUUGGCAACCUCCUCCGCGAGAUGGACGCUCGCAUCGGCGCCGACAAAGGUCGCGACAUUGCCCAGAAAGCCCACGCAGUACGACAGGCCCUGCGUCGGCCAGCCGCCCUCGUUCAGGCUGCUGGCGAAGACAAAGUGCGCCGAGUUGUGCGGCGAGAAGUACCACAGCACAGUGAUGAUGGCGAUGAAGCCGGCGACGUGGAAGAUGACGGUCAUGAUCUCGAUGCGGGGCAGCGCGCCGGGAAUGACGGUGUUGAUGAAGACGGACACGGCGACGACGAGCCAGGUCAGCAGCGUGCCCUGCCACUGCUUGGGCUCGUAGUCGGGGUAGUCGAGGAUGAGCAGCCCCUGCAGCAUGGUGCCGGCGAAGAUGGACUCGGUGGCCACCGUGGCGACCCAGGCCAGCGAGGUCAGCCAGCCGAUGAUGUAGCUGGCGAAGACGCGGUAGCGCGCGGGCGCGAGCAUGUACACCCAGUAGUACUGGCCGGCAGCGAUGGGGGCCAUGGAUGCCAGCUCGGAGAUGACGGUGUACACCGACAGCGUCGAGCUCCAGGCGAUGAUGAAGCCGUACACCAGCGCGCCGGGCCCGCCGUUGUUGAACCCCUGACUGAACAGCGCCAGCACGGUCUCCCAGGUGAUCAGCUCGCAGACAGCGAAGCCGAACAGCGACCAGAAGCCGAAGCGCCGUUUCAGGACUUGUUUCUUGCCCAGGCGGGCCAGGAUUUUGUCAUCGCUGGACUUGAGAGCCGGCAGGGAAUUGGCGUUCGCGGUGGCAGUGGGCGAGUGAUCUGGAUCCGCCAUGGUGUCUAUUUACAGCAGGAUGCUGGUGGCUAA